UGGCCACACCAUGGACCCGAAGGAGCGCGUGUUCCUGGAGGCUGCCGAGAGAGGAGACAAGCACACGAUGAUGCGAUGUCUCUCUCCUCCAAGCCCCGUUAAUGUGAACUGCACCGACAUCCUGGGUCGCUCGGCCAUCCAGAUCGCCGUCGACAACGAGAAUGUGGAAAUCGUUGAGCUCCUCCUCCUGCAGGAGACGGUCAAGAUCGGCGAUGCUCUCCUCUACGCCAUCACGGAGGGUGUGUACAAAAUCGUCGAGAUGCUCAUUAACCAUCCCAGCAUCACUCCUGAGAUGCUGGCCAACGACUGGGUCAGAGUGCGUGCUGGCGGAGAGGAGUCAAGCGACUUUGACCCUAACAUCUCUCCCAUUAUCCUUGCUGCUCAUUGCAACCAGUUCGAGAUUCUUCAGCUGUUCUUAUCACGAGGGGCCUACAUCGACAAGCCACAUCCUCUGUCGUGUUCCUGUCGUCAGUGCACCGAAGGAUUUCACUCGGAUUCCUUGAGGUACAGUAUGAGGAGGAUUCACACCUAUCGCGCCCUCGCCUCUCCUGCGUGGAUCUCGCUAACUUCUGAGGACCCCAUCUUGGCCGCCUUCAGGCUGUCGUGGGAACUGGAGCGCCUUGCAAGAGUCGAGAACGAAUUCAAAGAUACUUACCUGGAAUUAAGUGAACAGUGCAAGAAGUACACCUGUGAUUUACUCCACCAGUGUAGGUCGACAGAGGAGGUAAUCGCAGUCCUCAACCGACGGAGCGAGGAGGACUCGGAUGUCUCAGAUGAUGAGGACGACCCUGAACGACUCAACCUGUCGAGACUCAAGCUGGCCCUCAAGUACGACCAGAAGCAGUUCGUGGCACACCCGAACUGCCAGCAACUCCUGACUUCGGUGUGGCAUGAGGGCCUCCCGAUCUGGCGCCGCCGGAACGCAGUCGUCAAAAUCUUGCUGUGCCUCUCCAUCAUCAUUUGCAUGCCUGUUAUCGCUGUUAUCUACCUCAUCUUCCCGAGGACGCAGCUCGGGAGGGUCAUAAGGUCACCCUUCAUGAAAUUCAUCUAUCACAGCGCCUCCUUCGGGAUUUUCCUCCUGCUGCUCGUCCUGGCUUCGACGAGAACCGAAGGGAGCGAGAGACACCGCAGGAACAUAAGGGGACCUGCGCCUACGUUCGUGGAAUGGCUCAUCUUCUUCUGGGUCACUGGCAUGGUGUGGGCAGAAUGCAAACAGCUGUGGGAGGAAGGACUAACAGCCUAUAUACGCCAGUGGUGGAACUGGUUAGACUUUAUCAUGCUGUCGUUAUAUCUGUGUACGUUCAGUCUCAGAGCUGUCGCCUUCGUGCAGAUCACUACUAACAAGUAUGGGCCAAGAUUAGUCUUUUGUAACGACCACACUUUUCCUAAAUUCAAGUUAUUAUUAUUAUUAUUAUUAUUAAUCAUAAUAACAAUAAUAAUAAAGGUCCUUUAUUACGACCACACUUUUCCCAAGCUCGAGGUACGAUCACACUUUCUCCCGCAAACCAAAACGCCCACAAAUCUUAACGACCCUUUUCUCCCCCCUUUCCCCUUUCUCCCCCACCCCCCCAGGGAAGUCCCCCGCUCCCAGUGGCCCACCAACGACCCCACCCUCAUAGCUGAAGGGGUUUUCGCCGUCGCCAACGUCUUUUCCUUCGCCAGGAUCAUCUACUUGUUUCAGACGAAUCCUCAUCUCGGGCCGCUGCAGAUCUCGCUCGGAUGCAUGAUCAUAGAUAUCGCCAAGUUCCUGUUCAUCUUCUUCUUGGUGUUAACGAGCUUCGCCUGCGGUCUGAACCAGCUUUAUUGGUACUACGAUCCCCCGAGUAGUUCGUGUGACAUCUCAACGGGAGACGGCAGCUGUAGUGGUUCUGACGCCUUCAACGUGCGUUUUCUGUUGUUGUUUUUACGGUGCGGGAAGGGGGAGGGGGCUCUGUUAAUUAAGGGACCCUGUGACAGCGGAGAAUACAUGGGAAGCUUCAAGACUGCACCAUCUUCCUCCCUCAUCUCUCUCCUCUCCCCGCGACCGCCGUUUAGGAUUGACAAGUCGUACACCUCCCUACUUUGGUCCCUGUUCGGCGUCAUACCCCUGAAAGAACUGUCAGCCCGCCAGGAUCAGCUGUUCACCGACAUCAUGGGUCAUUCCCUCCUCGGAGCCUACCUCAUCACGGCCAUUACAGUAAUGGUCAACAUGCUCAUUGCAAUGAUGAGUCGGUCUUUCCAGAUCGUUGAGAUGCUUGAAUCUCCUAGACCUAAAGUACUCACUACCAUCAGGUUUUGCUUUAAAGCAGAUGAGUUGGACGUGACAUUUGCAACGCUCUUUUGGUCCCUCUUUGGCAUCAGUUCUCCUAAGAGUACGGAUCUCGAGGAGGAGCAUGAGUUUAUUGAGACUGUCGGCCAGGGACUCUUCAUGGCCUACCACGUCAUGUCCAUCAUUGUCCUCAUUAACAUGCUCAUAGCUAUGAUGUCUAACAGUUUCCAACAAAUCGAGGGCGGUCCUCCCGUGAAAGUAAGCCAAGCCAACAAAUACGCAGAAGUGAUGCGACGUCUUGUCUCUCGCUACAUCCAUCAGACCAAGAAACAGCAUCGCCAGGACGGAGUCAACGAGGACGACCUGUUGGAGAUCAAGCAGGACAUCUCGAGUCUGAGGUACGAACUUCGAGAAGACAGAAAACGGGAAACUGCUCGAGCUUACGGCCAAAUGGACUCGAUCAAAAAAGAUAUCUUACGCCUCCUCAAGCAGAGUGGGCGUGGGUCAUCCAGUGGGCGUGGCUCGGGAGGGAACAGCGGGCGGAGCGAGGCGGAGGGCGGGGCUGUAGGCGGGACCUCCACGAACCCUAUCGUUGUGACCACGCCCCCCUCUGCUACGUGCCUUGCCUGUGCCCAGCAGACUGCUAACACUUCCGCCACCCCAGCGAUCGGCCUAGGCGCCCAGGGGAUCCUCCAGCAACACUCCGUCGACCUGGGGAUGCUGGGGAGGGAGCCGACCGCGGCCGCCGUGGAUAUCACAGUCACCCCUGCGUCGUCGCUGCCUUGUAAUCUCACGUAUUCCCAGGGGAAUCUGACGGGGUGCUUGCUGGCGCCGCAGGAGAUGGACUACUUGAGGAAGGAGAUUGUGAGCAGUCUGAGGAGCGAGUUGCGGGAGAUGCUGAGGGACGCCCUCACUCGCGCCCUCACGCCCACCACUACGGUAGCGCAGCAGUACUAUUCUCCUACACCCACGCCCAACCCUACGCCUCAGUUCGUCACUACACCCACAUCGCAGAUGGUCGCCCCGCCCUUCCCGUCGGCGCCCUCGCCCCAGCAGCAGCAGCAGAGGCGCCCGUCGACGCCCCAGCCCCAGGCCAUCCCGCCCAGCUCGAGUUCGACGUUCCCGCCGGCUAUCCCUUCCACCUCCCAGAAUCCCGUCAUGUCCCCGCAGUCGCCCACGUCACAGCUGCCCCUCUACACCCAUAUCCGGGUCUCGGGGUCCCUGAGCGACCCCAUGGGCCAGAGGCAGGACCCUAAGGCGUUGUCGUCCUCGAGCGCAAGUCCUUCGCCGAGGUCCAGCCCGGGGCCGCCCCCGCCGUGCCAGAGGUCCAACUCCAGCUGCGGACUGACUCAGCGGUCGCAGGGAGGAGCCCAGACCGUCAGUUCAUCAGCGAAGACAAGUGCCAACAACCAGGUUCUUCUCCGCCCACCCAAUGACUCCGACCGCGUACAUACACACAUGUACACACAGCUGUGA